AGAAUAGCAAUGCAAAGACUUUGGCUGUUCGUUUUCAGUGCAAUUCUGUCAACUGCUCAUGCUCUCACCGUGGAAGCACCUGUCAAGGAAACAAAGGUGGCACGAGGGAACAACGUAACCCUCCACUGUUAUUUUAAAACUGAUGUUGCCGUUACCUCAGGAGACCUUGUUGUCUGGAGAAAAAUCAAUAGCCCGGAUGAUGCUGUGACUAGGUAUUUUGAUGGAUUUGUACAGUAUGGCAAGGGCUAUGAAAACCGUUUACAGUUUAGUGGUGACGUAGACAAAGGGAACAUCAGUAUCACCAUCAACGCAGCCACCAUGGAAGACAACGGGACAUACGCCUGCAGCGUCCGUCUUCGGAAUGACUACCCCAGACAGACUGCAAUCCUGUCUCUUUUAGUCCUUGUUGCACCAUCUAAACCAGAAUGUAAGAUUCACGGCACAGCAGAAUACGGACAGACAAUCAAUCUGACCUGUAUUUCCCAUGAGGGCUCCCCAAAGCCCAGCUAUACCUGGCAAAGCUUCAAUGUACAAAAUGAGCCCCGUCCUCUGGAAACAACAGAAGGGGGACAAAUAACUCUGAAGAACAUCUCAGCAGACACCACUGGCUUUUACAUCUGCACUUCAACAAAUAUAGUGGGAAAGGAACUUUGCAACAUGACAGUCACCGUUGUGCCACCAUCCCUGAACAUAGCUCUUUAUGCUGGCAUCAUCGGUGGAGCUGUUGCUGCACUUAUUGUUAUUGGUAUCUUAGCCUAUUGCUGCUGCUGUCGGGAGGACAAGAACAAGAACUAUGAGAUGACGGAGCAAGAAGACAGAAAUGAACCCUCUUUGGAGACGCCUACAGGAAAUCUGAGAGCAGAAGAGGAUGUUGAACAUGUAUGA